AUGCGCCCAUCCUCGCCUGCCUCUUCGGAAAUAAGCAAGUCUAACAAUACUAGCAGGCAAUAUGUGACUUCUAAGAAGUCAGUUAAGGAAUUGAAAGGAUCCUCUAGAUCUUCUGUCAGAAUAUUCAAAGGUGAAAAAUCGUCACUGUUACCAUGUACUCUUGAAACUACAUGUAAAAACAUACUGGAUGUAUUGAGAAGAAAAAGAUUUCUAAAACAAGAUGAUGAUCACAUGCUAGUGUUGAAGUGUGGAGGUCUGACAAGAACUUUAUCUUUAGAUGAGAAGCCUUUGAGAAUACAAAGAACAAUGUUAUUUUUAUAUGGGUAUACCGAGAAAGACAACUUGGACUUUAUUGAAAGAACUGAUUUGAGUUUUCUUUUCAAGUUUGUCGUCGAGGAAAAAGGUGUCGAGCUUAUCAGUGAAGAGAGAAAGAGAAUGAUCAAUCCUCAAAAUGUCAACUUGGAUAAUUGGAAUUUACAGGAUAUACCAAAUUUUUUGUAUGCAGAGCCAAUGGUAAUAUUGGAUGUUUCACAAAACCCAUCUUUGGAAUUUACAAAAGAUUUUAUGCAUGAUUCAAGAAAUUUAACAACACUUUCAUUCACGAGAAGUGGUAGUCCUGUUUUUCCUUUGGCCAUUGUCUACACUCCACGUUUAGCCAACCUUGAUUUAGAGGUGAAUUACAUCAAAGUGAUUCCUCCCGAAAUUUCCAAUUUGAUUACAUUGACAACCCUUAAUAUAGCCUGUAACAGAAUUUCACAGUUACCAGAAACAUUUAGCUUGCUAACCAAUUUACAAUAUUUGAACCUGUCAUCAAAUAGACUGAAACAAAUACCUCCUCAAAUUUUCAAAAUUCAAGGAUUGAAAAAGCUAGACUUGUCUUAUAAUUCAAUCUCUGAAUUUCCAGAGGAAAUUUCAGCUUUGAAAGAUUUGGAAGUCUUACAAAUAGCUGGCAAUAGGCUAAGUGGUGAUUUGCCUAGCUUCUUUGAGGAAUUCGACCAACUCAUUAAAAUAGAUUUGCGUUUCAACAAACUAUCAUCUAUUGAUUCUCUUAAGUCAGCUCAAAAAAUUGAAGUUAUCAGAGCAACUGGGAAUAACAUCUCAGUGUUCAGGUCCAAAGCACCCACAUUAUUUGAGGUCGAAAUGAACAUGAACCCAUUGACAUAUGUUUAUUUCGAGUGUGAUAUGACCAACCUAAAAGUUGUGGACUUCUCCAAAGGUAAGUUAACUUCUUGCACAUUCACAGCUAAGUUGAUUAACGUUGAGAAAUUGUCCUUAGACUACAACCAUUUGAGUGUUCUACCAGACCAUAUUCACAACAUGAAAAGUUUGACAUUUCUCUCAAUUUUUAAGAACAAUUUGACCAAUUUGCCUGAUUCCAUCAAGCAAUUAACCAAGUUGAGACAUCUGGACCUUCAUUUGAACAAUAUAGGUAAACUCAACGAAAAUAUCUGGUACUUAGAGUCUCUUGAUGUCUUGAACCUUGCAUCUAAUUUGUUAGAUAUAUUUCCAGAACCUCCUGACAAAUUAAUGAAUACUUAUAAUACGCCUUCUUUGGCCAACUCUCUGAAAGAAUUGUGUUUGUGUGAUAACAAGUUAACGGAUUCAAGUUUUCCAACAUUGUCUUUAUUUCAAAAUUUGAAUUGUUUGAAUCUUUCAUACAAUGAUAUCUUUGAAAUACCAACAGGAUAUGUUUCUCAUUUUUCGAAACUGAAGUCACUAUACCUGUCGGGAAAUUAUCUCUCCUCGCUACCUGUUGAAGACUUGGAUGAAUUACAAAAUGUUGAGACCUUGAACUUGAAUGGGAAUAGAUUUGGAACGCUACCUGCAGAGCUAUCUAAGUUGACGAAUCUCUCUUCUUUGGAUGUUGGUUCCAAUCAGUUGAAAUAUAACAUUGGUAACAUCCCUUAUGAUUGGAACUGGAGUUAUAACAAGAUGUUAAAAUACUUGAACUUUUCUGGUAAUAAGCGUUUAGAGAUCAAGCCACAGCACAAUCACAAUGAUACCGGUGAAAAGCUCGAUUCCUUCUUGGGUUUGAAACAUUUGAGAAUGUUGGGUUUGAUGGAUGUCACCAUUACGACGGAUGCAGUCCCUGAUCAAAGUGUGGGUGUCAGAGUUAGAUCCACAGUGUCCCAAUUGGGUAAAUUUGGAUACGGUAUUUCCGACAUUUUAGGUGAUUCUGAUUCUUUGACCACGAGAGAUGUAGUUAUUGAAAAGUUUAGAGGUAAUUCAAAUGAAUUCUUAAUCACCAUUUAUGAUGGAAAAAAUUCAGUGCAACAUGGUGGUGACAAGAUUUCCAAAAUCAUUCAAGAAACAUUUGAAAUUCAUUUGGCUGAAGAAUUGAAAACAUUAUCUGAAGAUCCUAACGCAGAAAAUCCUAAAACUGUUGAAGAUUGUAUGAGAGGGGCAUUUUUGACCAUGAAUAGUGAGAUGAGCAUUUUGAUCAACAAAGAUGAAUCAUCCACUUUCAGUUCCGCUGCAGCGCAUAGAACGAAAACAACAGAUAAGCUUACUUUGGAAGAAGAUGGGCUAUCUGGGUGCUCUGCUACGAUUAUAUACAUUCGUGACGACUAUAUUUUUGUUGCUAAUGUCGGUGAUAUCAUGGGGAUAUUGACCAAGUCUGAUGGUGAGUUCAACAUUAUUACUACGAAACAUGAACCAUACGCUCCUAAAGAGUAUGCAAGGAUCAGAGAUUCUGGAGGAUAUGUCACUACCGACGGUUAUUUGGACGGAGUUGCAGAUGUCUCUAGAGCUGUUGGUUUUUUUAAGUUAAUACCACACAUCAACGCUAAGCCAAGUAUACAUAAAUUCAAACUAACGCAAAACGAAGAAAUGAUUGCAAUUGGUACCAAUGAAGUGUGGAAGAGGGUUUCUUUUGAACUUGCUGCUGACAUUAUUAGGCAAGAAAAAUCGAAUCCAAUUGGAGCAGCUGAAAAGCUUAGGGACUUUGCAAUUUCCUAUGGUGCCAAAGGUAAGAAGGUUACGGCCGUUGUCUUGUCGCUAAGACAGUUUACAACAAAGCAGAAGCAUCACAGUGGCUUGAAGCCGGAAGACUCCACGUUGCGUAAAUUGGAUGAAGAGAUUGAGCCACCAACGGGAGAGUUGGCCAUGGUAUUCACCGAUAUCAAAAACUCCACAUUGCUUUGGGAUAAUUAUCCUGUUGCCAUGAGAUCUGCAAUCAAAGUGCACAAUUCAAUUAUGCGGAGACAAUUGCGCAUUAUUGGUGGUUACGAGGUCAAGACCGAGGGUGAUGCGUUUAUAGUCAGUUUCCCAACGCCAACUGCGGCUUUGUUAUGGUGUUUCAUAGUUCAGUCGCAGUUGCUAACUACCAACGAAUGGCCUGCGGAAAUUCUCUCCAGCGACCAGGGUUUUGAGAUCAAAGAUAACGAGGGCAAUCUAAUCUUCAGAGGGUUGUCGGUGCGGAUGGGUUUGCACUGGGGAACGCCAGUUUGUGAGAUGGAUAUAGUUACGAAGCGAAUGGAUUACUUUGGGCCGAUGGUGAACCGGGCCUCCAGAGUCAGCUCGGUCGCCGACGGUGGCCAGAUCACAAUGAGUACGGACUUCUACUCGGAGAUGGAGAAGGUGAAGAAGAUUCAUCGCUUGAUCAAGGAGAGCAAGCUAGACUUGGGCAGAGCGUACGGGUACAAGGCCAAGGACAAAGACGUUGAGAACCAGAUGAACCAGCUCGAAAACAUCGGCAUGGUUCUGGAGCACAUUGGAGCCAAGAAGUUGAAGGGUUUGGAAACCCCGGAAAACAUCUGGUUGAUUUUUCCGAAGCCAUUGAGUUCGAGGUUGAAGGUGCUCACGAGCGAGGGUGGCGAGAUACAGAACAAGUCCAACAAGCUCUUGGUGGGCGGGAUCACUGUUGAGACCGCGUGGACUCUCCGCAGGAUCGCCAUGCGGUUGGAGAAGCUCUUGUCCCGGUCGAACGAAAAUCAGCGGGCCGAGUCUACGAGCCACUUCUACGCAUUCAUUGACAAGGUACAGAAAGAGUCCGAGGACGCCAUCUACAACAAGGUGUCCAACAUGGAAUCGUUCGUGCUUCUGUUCCUAGAUCACACGAUCACGCGGAUCGAGAAUUGCGUCACUGUCCUCGGUACCCGCCAGAUCCUCGGCGAAGACAAGGUCCUCAACUGCGACACCAUCCACCUCUUGGACUUGCUGAAGAACAUGACCGGCGAACUCAGCAUGUUGAAGGCCCGGGUUGACGAGUUGGAGCACGACAAGAAGAUAGUUGCACUUGAUGAGAACCCCAUCACGUAA